CCUGUAAUUUGACCGGUGCAUUUUGCAUUACCGGCAACCUAUGGCGGGAAAUGGUGAGAGUAGCGACGACGGGAUGUCGAAACUGGAAGUCGAUGCCGGUUCAGAGGUCUCUUGGAGGAAAGAAGUUGAUCAAAAUCUCAAGCGGCUCCAGUCGCUGCUAUUUGGUGGAGAUGCGGCGCUAGAGAAGGGUGAUUUCGGGGCGGCGCAAGUGCUGUUCCUCCGCCUCAUUGGUUUCCUUGAUUCUCGUUCUGAAUCGCCAGUUGAUGAAACCUACAUUCAACCGAUUCACCGUGAGGCGGUGACCAAGCUCGGUUUGGCUCGUCGUGCGUUGAUUCCUGAUUCUGAUAGGCAAGCAUUCGCCCAAGCUGGCAAGGAACCUAGCUGCAUAUUCAGAACGAGUGAUGGUAUUGAUAUACAGAAGAUUAAGCAAUCCAAGUAUUUUCACACAGUUCUUCAGCAGCCUCAGGAAAGAAGUACACGCCAGUUGAAAAAAGAACCCGACAAGCACGACAGUGUGAAGACACCAAAGAAUCUCAUUCAAGCAAAAUUGACAUCCUUGUAUGGAAAUGGUUUGAGAGAAAAUACUUCGACUCUAAUCAGAGACAAUGACACAGAUGAAGUCACUGUUAUUGAAAAGAAAUAUUCAAGUUACAUGUCUCCACCUAAUCAUUGUAUUUCUACCAUUAGUAAAACAGAGGAGGAAGGGGUGCAUGAUAUUCCAUACAAAACAAAACGGUUACAUAGGGACAUUAUUAGCCCUAGAAAUGGAACCAUUAAAUCCCCACCAGGAAGUGAAGGAGCAGAGCCUGAUACUUCUAAUAAUGGAUUUGUUACUGCUAGAGCAAAACUGGAAAUGGAGGCCAGACAGAAGCGAGGCCUGUCUGGAUCACCAAGUGCAUCUGUCUCACCACAAAGUGAUGCUGGGGCCAGGGGUUACGGGAAUAGAUCUUAUGGUUUUUCUCGGCGUGGAGUUAGAGGUAAUUUCAUACCACCCAUUAGAUCAAAUGGAAAUAGCACUGGAAAUGUGACUUCACGCACUGCUGGUAAGGGUGAAGAUGCGAUCGAUGACUCAACAAAAAGAUGUUUGGAGUUGUUAUGCGGCCCUGAUGGAGAGCUUCCUGAAAAAUUAAGAAACUUGGAACCACGGCUUAUUGAGCAUGUCAGCAAUGAGAUAAUGGACAGGGAUCCCAAUGUUCGUUGGGAUGAUAUUGCUGGUUUGGAGCAUGCAAAAAAAUGUGUGACUGAGAUGGUAAUAUGGCCAUUAAUUCGCCCGGAUAUAUUUAAAGGUUGCCGUUCUCCAGGCCGCGGUCUUCUCCUUUUUGGCCCCCCAGGAACUGGGAAAACUAUGAUAGGAAAAGCUAUAGCUGGAGAGGCUAAGGCUACCUUUUUCUACAUAUCAGCCAGUUCAUUGACAAGCAAAUGGAUAGGUGAAGGUGAAAAGCUUGUAAGAGCACUUUUUGGUGUUGCUAGCUGCCGUCAGCCUGCUGUUAUUUUCGUGGAUGAAAUUGACUCUCUUUUGUCUCAGCGCAAGUCAGAAGGUGAGCAUGAAUCCAGUAGGCGACUGAAGACCCAAUUUCUGAUCGAAAUGGAAGGUUUUGACGGUGGGAAUGACCAAAUUCUGUUAAUAGGUGCAACUAAUAGACCUCAAGAACUCGAUGAGGCUGCAAGGAGGAGGCUGACAAAGCGAUUGUACAUUCCACUCCCAACUUCAGAAGCAAGAGCCUGGAUCAUAAAGAAUCUUCUGGAGAAAGAUGGAUUGUUCAGUCUCUCAAAUGAGGACACUGAUGCUAUCUGCAAAUUAACUGAGGGGUACUCGGGAUCUGACAUGAAGAAUCUGGUGAAAGAUGCUUCAAUGGGCCCACUCAGAGAGGCCCUAAAACAGGGUAUUGAAAUUACCAGGCUGAAGAAAGACGAUAUGAGGCCUGUAAACCUUGAGGACUUUGAGAAAGCAUUACAGGAGGUGAGGCCUUCAGUGUCGCCGAAUGAACUCGGCAAUUACGAGAAGUGGAACGAGCAAUUCGGGAGCUUAUCAUUGUAAUGCAAUGCAAUUCCCAUACUCGUCAAUACUCAGGUAAAUUGAAUUAGAUCCCUGCUUGCUUGCUUGCUUCUUACAAUAACUUGCUUCCCUUUGGUAUUAUUAUUCAUUACGUUACAUUAGUAAUCUAUGAAUAGGCAUCAUCGUCAAGUGAAAUAUGAUGAGAUUUGGAUGGAUGCUUUAUA